UUCUUCCGUUAUUAAGCUGCAAACCUUGUGUGGAUUUUUUUCUAAAAAAUAUAAAACUUGUGUGGUUUUCUCGUUCAGUUUCUCUCUCUCUCUCUCUCUCGUUAUCGCUGCUACGGCCAAGGUUAAUCUACUUGAAUAAUUUUCAUAUUGGGAUAAAACGCCUAAUUUUGCUUCUCAUUUCUUGCGUUGAUUUCAAUCAGAGUAUAUACGUCUAGACCAUGGACAAAGAAGAUAACAAUGUAGAAAAGGGUGAUGAGGAAACAGUAUCUCCCAUGGAAGUAUCUGACAAAGACGUAGAGAGUCCAGCAGAAGCAUCUCGUAAACAAACAGAGACUCCUGUAGAAGUGGUGCACAAUGAACCAACCAACAAUUCUACAGAAGUAUCUGGUAAACAUGCAGGAACAGAGAUCCCUACUGAAGUAUCCACUAUUCCAUCGGAAAUUCCUUCAAAUGUGUCUGAUAAACCAGAGUCAUCUGGAAAGAAAAUCUUAAAUUCGUUGAAGGCUAGAUCGAAAAUCCUGAAGAAGCCUCUUGCUGUCAAUGGGCAGAAAACUCAAAAGGUUAAAGGUAGCCCUCAGGUUCAAGGCAACAAAAAGAAGAAGAAUAACUUAGUCUUGCAGGGUAAAAAAGAAAGUGGUAAAAAUGAGGAAGACAGUGCUAAGGAACAGAUAUCUGUAAAGGAAAACCAACCAAAGGUUAAUGCUGAUGACGAGAAUACUGAAAAGAGCAAUCAAGCUGAAAAGGACGAGGAAAAGGUUGAUGAAGCAGAUAAUAGCCAUCAAAAACCCAAGAAAGGUGUAAAGCGUCGGCCAAACAGGAAUCGAAAGAAUAAAGUAAAGCAAGCAGCAAGAAUUGAGAGUUCUCAGACUGAGAAGAAAGAAAACAUUGAUGCUAAGAGCCCUCAGACUGAGAAGAAAAUUGAUGUGAAGAGCCCUCAGACUGAGAAGAAAAUUGAUGUGAAGAGCCCUCAGACUGAGAAGAAAAUUGAUGUGAAGAGCCCUCAGACUGAGAAGAAGAAAGAACAAAAUGAUUCUAAGACAAAGACCCCUCAGACUAAUAAGAAGAAAGAAAGAGUUGAUGGUCUGAUCUUCAUGUGCAAUGGAAAAACAAAACCAGAUUGUUUUCGCUACAAUGUCAUGGGUGUUUCAAAUGGAAAAAAAGACACUGUAUUGGGUAUCAAACCUGGAAUGAAACUCUUUCUGUAUGAUUUUGAUCUGAAACUUUUAUAUGGGAUUUAUAGGGCAUCAUCUUCUGGUGGCACAAGACUUGAGCCAAAAGCUUUCGGGGGAAAAUUCCCUGCUCAGGUGCGGUUCAAUGUGCAUAGAGAUUGCCUUCCACUGCCUGAGAGUGUUUUCAAGAAGGCAAUUAAGGAAAAUUACAACGAGAAAAACAAGUUCAAAACAGAACUUUCACGCCAACAAGUUAGAAAGCUGAUGGCACUUUUCCGACCAGCUGAAGUUCAUACAUCUGUGUCCACCCGCCCACCAGCAGCAGCAGCUAUUAGGGACAAGGGAGUUCGUGAGCGAGUAAGAGAGCCACGUCCACUCGCAAGUAAAAGAGACUCACGUUCACACCGUGAAAAACUGGUUAGAGGUUCUCGGUCUCGUCAUGAUGAUUCUAGGUCUCACCGUGACGAUUCUAGGUCUCAUCGUAAUCGUCGGCUUUCCGAUGAAAGAGAUCAGAAUCGUGGGCACCGGGAAGUGCCGAGGGAAGAAGGUUCUCGAAAUUUGUACCUUACUGAGAAGGAAUACCGCACUUAUGGUCUUCGAGGUGAGAGAAGAAACUUGACUCCCCCUUCUCGUAUCCCUGAUCCUACCUUGGAUACUUACGAUAGAGAUUAUGAAAGAGAACAUCUUCCAAUGCACCCUAAUCUUGCUUUGAGGGAUACUGUUCCUGCACAAAGAGAAACCAUUCGUGCUGAUCCUCUGUAUUUGAAUGAGAGAGACUAUCCAGCUUAUAAUCUCGGUCCUAGGCGUGAGUUGCUGCCACCAGUUGCUGCUAAUGAUUUGGACCGUUAUGCAAAGGACCCAUAUUAUGCGCACUACUAUCCUGGUUCAUCUUUGGACCCUUAUCUAAGAAGGGAUGAUAUCCCUUAUUCAGUUGGCGGAAUUAGAGAAAAUUAUGUGGCUGAUGGUGCUGAUCACCUGCGAAGGAGAGAAGUUGAGCGCUUGGAUAGAAGAGAAGUUGAGCGCUUGGAUAGAAGAGAAGUUGAGCACUUGGAUAGGUUAUACUCGACAAAUGCUUCAGAUUCUCUACAAGGUUACAACCAGCCAUAUCAGAGCAGACUUGAACCUGCUCCAUUGCCGGCGUUGUCUCGCUACCAUUCCGGUUCAUCUUUCGCCUAUCGCUAGUUUGAGUUAUGUGCUCAACAACAUUGCCAUUGGUGGGUUCCCUUUGUUUUUGGACUUGGUACAUCCAAAACAUAUCUGGAUGACUUGUGGCAAUGUGUUACGCUUCUGUAGUCAUCUUCUCUGGCAUGUUCAAGCAAGUUGGAAUUACAAAUGAUGGGAUAUUAAUGCGCUAUGAUAUUUGAAGCUUGAUGAUUAAGGCAUGCCUAGAUUGAAUUGCAGAAUAAAUAGACUGGAGAUGUUGGAUGCAAACAUUUUUAUAUUUGGAAUUUUUCUUUUCUUGCUAAAAUUUGAGACUCGCAGUUUUUAGUUUGAUAAUAUUAGUUUGAGACUCGCAGUUUUUUAGUUUGAUAAUAGUAGUUUGAACUCACCAAA